UGGGGAGCCAGGUCCGCACGCCACGGAGCUGAAGGCAGGGUCGGUGAACGUGUACCUCACGUCGACACACACAAGCAAUGCUCCAGUGGAUGACCUGUCACCCGCUGAGCUAGCCGGCGCUUGCCCCGCACCUAUUCGGUGUCUGGCCCUGGCGUCUCCUUCGCCAGUCUCCUUCAGUUCUGUCUGUCCUUCCCAUCCUGAAGUUCGCACACCUGGGCUUCGCAGCGCCCGAGGCACCCGACUGCUUUACAGAGCCGGUUCCUAGCCUCAGCUCCAGUCCCUUCUCCCGGAAGUUAUUGGACCUGAAGCGGAACCGGAAGCCCCUUCCAAGUGCUGGUGCCACGUCCGUCGCUGUGUUGCGGAGUCCCCGAGUGGGUCCCUGGAGGGCGCGAUGGCUGAUUGGACUCGCGCUCAGAGCUCUGGUGCUGUGGAGGAGAUUCUAGACCGAGAGAACAAGCGGAUGGCCGACAGCCUGGCCUCCAAGGUUACCAGGCUCAAAUCGCUGGCCUUAGACAUCGACAGGGACACAGAAGACCAGAACCGGUACCUAGAUGGCAUGGACUCAGAUUUCACGAGUGUGACCGGCCUACUCACAGGGAGUGUGAAGCGCUUUUCCACAAUGGCACGGUCUGGGCGAGACAACCGGAAGCUUCUGUGUGGUAUGGCCCUAGUCUUAAUUGUGGCCUUCUUCAUCCUCUCCUACCUCUUGUCGAGGACAAGGACGUGAGCCAGUGGACACCAAAGGCAGCCAGCUCUCCUACACCUGGCAGCCUGGUUUCCCGAGGACCUGGCUACAAAAUAGAUUCCUUUGAAAUUAUCGUCAUGGGUCACUCGUCUUCCUAAGUCAGGACAGCUGCAGCCGCCUCAGUCCUAAGGAGCUCAUGUUGGCUUGUCCUGGGUAUGAAGGAGGAAGAAAAAAGCAAAACCCAACCCUAUUCCCUGGUGCUAGAGAUGCUGUUAGAGCCAGAGACACGUCGUAUGAGAAUGAACCAGGUCUAAGCAAAGCAUCUGUGAGUCCUGAAUGUACCCACGGUGGCCAACGGCCUCAGAAGCCAAUAUCUUCGUCUUGCUCUAACCUGUCUGUGCCUGGGUAAGGCCAUGUCUGUGUUCUUGAGGAGUCUGGAGCUGACACUACAAGGAGAUAUGGCCGGCCGUGAGCCCUCUUCAAAUGGUGAUCAUCAUGAUGGGUAUGGCAGUAACUCCAGGCUGAGGCUGCCAAUCAGGACCAGAUCUGUGCAGGCCAAGAGUCACAGGCGCACCCCCCGGCCACUGGCUGAAGUCAGACCCCAGGGAAGAGGCAGAGCUGUAGAUAGAGGAGUGGACUGCAGCCCUUGUUAUCGGCAUUGGACUAAGGUCCUUCUGGGCCACGAGACCAUGUGUCCAGGAGCAGAGACGUGUGUCCUCAGGAUUGAGAAUCUUCUCAGUGCCAAAGAUGUACCCAUCCCCACGCAAACAGACUGAGAAAUAAUGUAGUGUGGCUUUUCCAAGGCAGGCAGUACUGGGUGGUCUUUCUGCUGGGGAUCCUUAUGGGGCUGAAGGCCACUGAUGAAAGAAUUUGUAACAGGAACAUUUGACCUUGAACCAAACCUUGCUCUGCCCUGUACAGCCAGUCUCCCUCGGUGUGGGGGAGCCUGAGCCACCUCCUCGUUGCAUAACUCCACAGACUUGCAUCUCCCUGCUCUCCCAGUCCUCCCUUCCUCCUUGGCCAGUCCCAUUUGCACACUAACUGACCUGUGGAGCUGACAGGGCCAGCAGUUUAUGAGAGCCCAGCACUUUUCGUCUUCACAUAAAAAUGUCUUUAAGAAACGAA